AUGAGCGUACACUCAGUCGACUAUGCGCAAGUCGACUAUGCGCAACAAGGCGCGACACGAUCCGACUUUGACAUCGAGGCCGGUCGCCCAUCGCUCGGCUCCCAAGUGUCUCCGACAGGAAGAGAGAGAGAAGGUAGUUCAUUCCCCGCGUUCAGCACAUCCGCAGCACGAGUGAACUCCACAGAGACGACGAAACGCCGAACCAGACGCUCGAACACGGCCCGCUCAUACCAUCCGGAGGGAUUCGCUCAGGAUCCGAAUUGGCAGCCUGGAACCGAGCCUGGUAUCGAUCCCACCAAGCCGCUACCGCCGUACACGUCGGAAUGGGCGUCGAAUAUCCCCGCGGAUCUGCACCGGCGCUGCGAGAUCACGAUCGUGGAUUUUUCACAGCAUGAGAUGCGGCAGUAUGAGCUGGAUAAUGAUACGCUGGAGCAGUUCUUGGAGCGGGAGAAAGAGCCGUGGGUGCAGUGUCGGUGGAUCAAUGUCAAUGGGCUGAGCUGGGAUGUGAUUAAGAUUCUGGGGAAUCAUAAGAGAUUGCAUCGGCUGGCGAUUGAGGAUGUUGUACACACUACCAAUCGCACGAAAGCGGAUUGGUACUCGGAUCAUGCUUUUGUCGUCUUGACAUUGCAGAAGCUGAUGAAGAUCCAGGAGGAGGAUUCCUCUGACUCGGAGGACGAGGAGGAUGCUUCGGUCAGUCGGUGGAAGUCAAGGGACCGGAAAAGCUCGGUGAACAGUGAAAAGAGCUCGAUCUCACUGAAGCGACCAACGAAACGGAAUGUCAUCAUGGCCGCUUUGAAGGAUAUAUUCACUAUCAGAUCAUCGAAGGACCAGGACCGCAAAGAGAAAGCGAAGCUGGGCUCCAGCAUUCGGCCUGGCCCCGGACGGGAAGGGGCAAAACAUAACACGCACUUUGGAGAUGUUGGAACAGUCAAAGAUACAACUACCAGGAGUCUCCAGCGAUAUCGCGGUGGUCCCAAUGAGGAUCGAAUCGAGUUCAUGGAACGCCAUGCUGCCCUUGCCGCCAAGGGACUAUGCGUCACAUUGGAGCAAGUUUCGAUCUUCUUACAUGCCGAUAACACAGUGACAUCCUUCUUCGAAACGAGCGCGGAUGACAUUGAAGCGCCAAUCGUCAGGCGGCUGAACACCCCCGAGACUAUCCUCCGUCAGUCCUGCGACGCCAGCAUGCUGUUGCAGGCCAUUCUCGAUGCCGUGAUCGAUCUUGCGAUUCCCGUCACAAUGGCCUACCAAGAUGCCAUUGGAGACCUCGAACUUGAGGUCCUGACUGAUCCAGACAUUGAGCAGUCAAAGUCUUUGUAUAUCCUAACGUCAGAGAUUGCCGUUCUGCGAAACUCCAUGCAGCCUAUGGUGGCUGUGAUCAAUGCUCUCCGCGAUCACCGGUCCGAGCCUGUCAACACUCCAGGGUUUGGCGUUUUUCGAAAUCCGCUCAGCCCGUCUACUACACCGGCGGAAAUGGAGGAUCCUCGCCCGCAGAUCGGCUCUGUUACGCCCAAUCUAAAGAGCUUGGGAGGCACCAGUGUCACGAUCAGCUCUAUGUGCCACACGUAUCUGGGCGAUGCCCUGGAUCACUGUAUCACUAUUGUUGAAGGAUACGAUCAGAUGCGGCGUAACGCUGAUAACAUGAUAGAUCUGAUCUUCAAUACUAUUGGUGCCUACCAGAACGAGAGUAUGAAGCAACUCACUCUGGUGACUUGUUUGUAUCUUCCCAUGACAUUUUUGACUGGCUACUUCGGAAUGAAUUUCACUACUUUCGGUUCAAUUGAGCAUAAUGAAGGAUAUUUCUGGAAGAUUGCCGUACCGUUCGUUUGCGCCACGACGUUCUUACUGAUGCGCGACAAAAUCCAGCGUUACGCCGUCAUGCUUGCUCAACGGCGUCUCAUUGUCAGCUCGAGGAAGCAAAGACGGGAGAGGAAGAAGAAAUAG